AUGUCCCCCUUCCAAGUGCUCAUGGGUUACCAACCCCGGCACAAUAUUCCCACUGUGGGAACAACCGAUGCUCCCAACAUUGCAUCUAGACUCACUCAACUAGCCCAUCUUUGUACAGAGAUUCAGUCCAGUAUCCGACUAGCAGAAGAGACAGUCAAGAAACGAAACAAGGAAAAGUUCGUUGAAUAUACACCAGGACAGAAGGUAUGGCUGGAAGCAACCAACCUCAAAGGACUUCAUCCAAAAGCCAAACUCGGACCAAAAUGCUAUGGACCCUUCACCAUCGAUCAGAAGCUGUCAUCAGUGGUAUAUCGGCUGAAGUUACCGCCUAAAUGGAAGAUUCACCCUGUAUUCCAUGCAGGAUUACUCUACCCUUAUUUGGAAACAGCAAUGCACAGGAAGAACUAUCUCCAACCUCCACCGGAACUAAUUAAGAACCAGGAGGAGUUCAAAAUCAAACGUAUCAUUGAUUCAAAGACAGUUGGCAAGCGAACAGUGUAUCAGGUCUCCUCCAUCUCCACAAUGGCCUCCACAACCCUACUCCUCGCUCUUCUCCUCAUCAGUUGGUUCCUCACCAUCACCCUCAUCCUUGUCCUCGCAGUUGCUGUCUUCUUCAUCAAGGAGACCUACGCAAUCCACUUCCAUCUCGACCGCAACCCCACCCCUUCGAGCUCACUCCCACCCCCUUUACUGACCUACUCAGUGGUGAACCAAGUCGCCCUCCUCGCCGUCACCACCCUCACCAUCGUCGACAAGCACCCCCACCUCCUCCUUCUCGCCUUUCUGGGCUCAUUCCUCAUCACCCUCCUCGCCAUCCUUGCCCUCACCCUCAUCAUCCCCCUCACCCUUUGCACCACCAUCUGGCACCUGGAACGAGAACACCAGUGGGCAUUCAACAUUGCCGCCACUGCCCAGCACCCCCUCCCCCAUACCACCACCACCCUCCCGGUCAUCGCUGCCAAUCGCGACAGUAACAACCUGACACAGGUGUACUUUGAGUACAUUAGGGAGCAUCAAGAUUAG